AUGGAAUCUUUCAAACUUGACACACAACCUGAUAAGCAAGUUCACAUUGCUCUUUUCAAAAAUGUGGCCAACAGCCCAGAGUUAAGACACAGACUAUCGAGUCAAGAUCAGACUCUGACAUGCUGCUUGUUGAACGCCAAAAUGGUAGUUAACCCAUUCCAUGUAUUAUUAGCUGUCAAUAGAGCGAUUUCUGACGAAAUUGCUAAGGGAAAGUUGAAGACGCACAACAUUCACUCUGAAAUUCUCUACAACUUCGGUUUAACGAAUAAUAUUGGAAAAACUUUCCAAAAUUUCGGCAUUUCCGAUGAUACAGCAGAUGUAAUUGCUGUCAAAGUUGGCUGUGAAGCAGACGAGGCUGAAUCUUUUAUGAAAGACUGCGUGAAAGGAGAGCUUGUACCGUUACAAGAAUUAGCCAAUGUGACAGAUUUACAAGCCAUUGAACAGGUAUAUCAGCUUGGGAAUCUGAAUCAAGAUCCUCAAAGAAUUAUGUCAUUAGUCGCUGGUGGCAUGGCUUUGAGAGGCUUUUAG